CCGCUUGGUCACUUUAACGGUUUAGACUACGUUACCCAUGAUGCACCUCGGUAUCUGUACUUCCGGUUGGGAACGUGUUCAGCGCAGUUCUGCACAGAUGAGAGGUGUGUCGGAGGUGUCGGAGGAUUAACGUUUUUCCUUGCAUUCCUGUGUGUGUUAACCCUGUGUGCGUGCUUAUCAUAUGACCACACACUCAUAUACACACUCACACUCCCUUUACCUGCAUGUGAAUGCUGUAAUGCAAUCGCUUCCCCACCAAAGCUGUACAUCCUGUUGAUGUCAUCUGCCACCUCCUUAUUAAAGUUAUUUGAACUACGUCACUGUGGAGUACCAUUCCUUCUGACCGAGGACGACUCAGUUGAAGCGUGAUUGGAAAUCAGUGCAAACAUACAUAACAAGUGGUCCUUCGAGCCCGAUUUGCCUUGGCUGAGUUAAUGAGAUGGCAAACCCUCAGGAUAGAGGUGCAUCAAGUAGCCCCCGUCCAAAGCGGGAGAAGAAACUUCCGGGACAUCUGGUGGACUAUGAGCACAACCUAACUGAGCCACCCGAGCCAUCUAGAGCUCCAAGUAGUUCAAGCAGCUCCGAUAAUGAAGAGGAAGAGAGAUGGCAGAAGAUGGAAUCAGUCUGGAACAGUGUCCUCCAACACAUGACUCAAUUGCAAGUGUCUAUGGAGGAAACUCGUGGGACAUUACUAAAGCGGGUGGAGCGUUUGGAGCAGGCUUCUAAACCUGGCAGUCCUCUUCCCCCAGAAACAGGAGCAUUAGAACAACGCCAACCUAUUUCCUCCAUAACAGAAGUUGCACCACUACAACCUAGCAGUGAGGUGUUACAUGAGACCACAGAGCCACUAACUGUGCCGGUAAUGCCCUCAGAGCAGGACACCACAACACCUGUGAACAUGCUGACGCCAGUGGAAACAUCCGCUCCAUCACCUCCUCGUAAAGUGGGCCUUCACACUCAGCCAGUGCUGCACCCUGCCACUUAUGUAGCUGCAUCGACGCCACUCAGGAGACCUGAACGAUGCACUACUGAACCCUUCUCAUAUCAGCAAUCGGAAUAUCAGCUCCUUAUAGGCAGGCCAGACCAGAUGCAGCUAUUACAUCCUGCAGCCCCAGCUGAUCAGCCACUAGGACGUGCUCAUCUUUCAGUACACCAGCUAUCACAGCCUGUUGACCCAGUGAGUCUGCGGCAGAUGUCACAUCCUGCUGCUCCCGUCUUCCAAGCCAGACAUCCAGCUAAUCCUGUGUACUUGCAGCAACCACCACAUCCUGCUGAUCCUACCUACCAACCUUCACGUCCACCAGAACUUGCGACCCAGCCAUCACAGUGGGCAGAAGCUCAUCGCCCUGUGCCCAACAUACUGCGUCCUGAAGCUUUGCCUGAUCCAGCUGGCAAACACUAUGUUCCCUAUCCCUCAGGAAGUCACUAUUCAUCAUCCUCCUCUGCUGAACACCAUAAUCCACAGGUGGCCACAACUUCCCCAGCAGGAACACCUCUACCAAACCUGAUGGAGAUGAUGGUGGCGUCUUCAUAUGGCAUUCCAAAGCCUAAGCUGGUGAUCUUCAGGUCGGAUAGAGAGAGUGACUUCGCCUUAUUAAAGAAAGGGCUGGACAGCACCUUAGGGCCACAUUCUCAUCUGGGAGAAGAUUACAAGUAUCAGGUCCUACUAGAUCAUCUAGAGCAUCCCAGCGCCCUACAGGUAGCCAAGCGCUACAUUCACGACCGCACUCCCUACACUAGUGCAAUGAGGGCGCUAGAGCAGAGGUAUGGACAGCCAAGGCAGUUAGUCCAAAGUGAGCUUAGCACUAUAAUGAACUGCCCCCCUAUUAGAACCGGAGACUCUCAAGCUAUUGAAGACCUGUCCCUGUCUGUGUCCAGCCUGGUCGGGCUUCUCAGUACCAUGGAUGAAGUAGCGGCCAGUGAGCUCCAUUGUGGUUCACAUGUGGACAGACUGCUUACCAAGCUCCCCCUGAACUACAGAGACAGCUUCAUCGAGUACUGUAUCACCCGAGGGAUCAUCCGCACUGGCAGCAGCUGAACCUACAAUAUGUACGACUUCUCAGAAUGGCUCGAACGGAAAUCCCAAGUCCUUCAGCUAUCCAGACAAGCCUCUCAAAUGCCCCCUGACAAGCCACGUCCAGAGAAGAACCUACUCAAAGCCUCAGCAGGGCUCAAGCCACACAACAAAUCUGCGUCCAUCUACUACGGCCCAAACCCAACCCAAGCCAAGCUAAAACAAGAGGUAGAAUCUACAGCUCCAGAUCCGACAGUCCAACCUAAGAAGAGACAGUUCAAAGUUCAAACCUUAUUGUCCAUACUGCGAAGGGACAGAGCAUUAUCUGAAUGGCUGUGAUGGAUUCAAAAGGCUAGACCUCAAAGCUAUGGCUACCUGGAUUACCGAGAAGGCCAAAUGCUGGCGCUGUGGCCGUAAACAUUCUCCAGAGCAGUGUACACUGAAGAAGCCGUGCAGCACCUGUGGUGACCAGCAUUUGUCGGUGCUCCAUGACCUGGUUGAGGCCAAGAAGCGGGACCCUAACAUACUAACUGUGAGUACUAGUAUGGUUUACCUAGACUAUUCAAGUCACUCAGGUCGUGUUAUGCUUAAGGUAGUACCCAUCCAACUACAUCAUGGUGGCAAAUCUCUGGACACAUUUGCUGUGCUUGAUGACGGCUCAGAGAAGACUGUUGUGCUUCCUGCGGCAGUUAAAUCUCUAGGUUUGGAACAGGAGGAAGCAACACUCUCACUAAGAACUAUCCGUCGAGAUGUAAUCCAGAUGAAGGGAGGCUUUGUCUCAUUUCAGGUGUCACCAAAAGCUAAGCCCAAAGUGAGGCACAGAGUAACACACACCUUCACAGCCGACCAGCUGAGUCUAGCUACUCAGUCAUGUCCAGCUGACCAGCUGAAGAAGAAGUAUCUUCACUUGCAGAAAGCCCAGAUUGAAGGAUUCAACCAGGUCCAACCUUUGGUGCUGAUUGGCUCAGAUAAUGCUCAUCUCAUCACCCCCAUCCGUCCUGUCCUUCGGGGGUCGUCCAAAGGGCCGGUAGCCGUCUGCACCAAGCUCGGAUGGGCCAUCCAGGGGCCGGCCAGUAGUAUGCCUACAUCUGAGGGGGACCUGCAGUGCCUGAACAUGUGCCUUUCUCCUGCAGAGGCCCUGCAUCAAGAUGUGAAGCGUUUGUGGCAACUAGACGCUUCCCCCUACAGGACAGAGAAGGAGGUCACACGGUCAAAGGAGGACAGAGAGGCGGUAGCUAUGUUGGAAACAAAGACCAUCAGAGUCCCAGUAGAUGGUGUCGAGAGAUACGCCACUCCGCUGCUGAGAAGAAGGGACUUUCCACGGAUGUGUGUCUCUCCUGAAGCAGUAAAAGGCCUCCUCAGAUCUACCGAACGUAAGCUGGCCAAGAAUCCGGAUCUGACCCUCACAUACAACCAGGAGAUCCACAGGUUAGUAGAUUCUGGUUAUGUUGUUAAGCUGAGCCCAGAUGAGACACAUAGCUCUUCCGA